AUGGCAGAAGAAGAAGAUCAUGAAAAAACAAGUGAUCCUUAUCUACUUUCGAAUGAUGAUUACAUAGAAUCGAACCGAUUUUCAAUUGUUGAAGAAAAUAUUGAACCAGACAGGACCCCACUAGACGCCAUACAAGACAAAUUGGGUGAAAUAGUACGUGAAGCAGCAAGUCGACACAAUUUAUCGAACGGUGUUGUUCUUAACAGACUAGCACCAAUCGAUAUUCUAAACUUUGGUCGUUCAGGCGUGGGUAAAUCGUGUCUUUUGAAAGCCAUCACAAAAGCAGAUAUUCCCACAUCGUCUCAGUUAGAUCAUGUUACAGAAACACUUCAAGAAGUUCGCUUUAAUAGUGGCAAGCUAACAUUUCGUUUUUGGGAUACAAAAGGCAUUGAUAAAUGGUCAAGUUCAGAGGAUGUUGAUAAUAUGCUGAAUGAAAUCAAACGCAAGAGUAUUGAUCCGUUAUUUAUUAUCUACUGUGCUAGUGGUUCUGGCAGAGUUGAUACCAAAAUAGUGAUACAAAUUUUAAAACAUUUGCAAAGUGCUAAAGUACCAAUCGCUUAUGUGAUCACAAAUAUUUAUGGUCAUAGUGACGAUCAAUUAGAAGGCCAAAUUGAUGGUGGAUUAGACAUAAUGCGCAAAGUUUUUUCUAAUCAAACAGAUCCAGUGAAAAAAAAUGAAUGGCAUUACGAAUUUAGUGAACCAUUAUACAUGAAUAGUAGUGAUUGUGGAGUAAUGGAUUGGGGUGACGGUAAAGGUUUAUUAAUUGGUGUUAAUUCUGCACCCUGGGAAAGUAAAGCGUUAAGAAGAAAACAACCAUUAAAAAACGUGUAUGAAUUAAUGGAUUUUAUCGCGAAUAAUUUGAAAGAUAAAGAAUUUGCUGAAUUUGUUGCAUUGACGUUAAAUAACAGAGGUUAUUGGGCACGGGCUUCAGAUGUAAUAAAAACCAAAAUUCAAUCAAUUGCCGAUAUUCUUCAACAAUGGAGUAUCAAUAUGUUAGAACACGUAAAAUACUUGUAUUCCAGUCCAAAGAAAGUACAUAGAAAUACUGUAUGA